AUCAACCAUGAGACUUUCACUUUCCCUUCCCAUAUUCAUCUUGUUUCUAUCAGCUGUUGCCGCGGCUGCAGAAAUUCACGUCAAACUCGCGCCUCAAGUAGGCCAAGAAGGCAACCAAGGCAUCAAUGAAGGAAAGAAAACCUUUACAUCUUCCUCCACUACCCUCAACACCAUCUCAUCAACCUCCUACAGUUCCCAGCACACUACUUCAACAAUUGCACUGGAGUCUAUAGCCGUACCAAAAGUAUAUCUUGGGUUUGUAACCCUCGUGAUUGGAUUUUUGAUCGGGUUGGUGGCUGCCUGAAAAUUCCCGAUGGCCUCGUUUACAAACCCCGGAAAAAAUUGUACACAUGAAAUGAGGCGGUAAAGGGGGGUUUUCCGAGUUUAUACGCACACUUAUAGCGCCGUGGACUAUUAUAGGACAUUCACGUGUCAUCAAUUUCUAUAGUUUCGUUUCAUCAAUGUACAAACAUGGUUUAGAUUUU